CCCACAAGCAUGCAGAGUGUGAUGUCAUUUGGGAGGCUGCUCUCUGCCAGAGCUGCUCCGAGGAGAUUUUAUUCUGAGGAAGAGCAUUGUUUUGGCAACAUCUGGGAGUGGAAACAGAAGCCAGAAAGCCUAGGAACGCUCCGGGCUUUUUUCCCUGCCCUCUUGCAGUGGAAUGACAUUUGCUCCCUAGGCAGGCUGCCCCUUGCUGUGGCUCUUGGCCUCCAGGAGGACUGAGUUUGAACUGACAGCAUGUGAGAGUCCAUGGACGCUGCUUCUUCUGUGCCAGCUGCCCACCUGCUCUGAAGACAUGUUGUUGUCUCCCAAAUUUUCCCUCUCCACCAUUCAUGUGCGACUGACAGCCAAGGGAUUGCUUCGAAAUCUCCGACUCCCUUCAGGCUUUAGGAGGAGCACUGUCAUUUUCCACACAGUUGAAAAGGGCAGGCAGAAGUCUCCUAGAAGCUUAUGUAUCCAGACACAGACAUCUCCAGAUGUGCUCUCCUCUGAAAAGACGCUUGAAUUGACUCAAUAUAAAGCAAAAUGUGAAAAACAAAGUGGAUUUAUUCUGCAGCUCAAGCAGCUUCUUUCCUGUGGAAAUACCAAGUUGGAAGCAUUAACAGUUGUGAUUCAGCACCUACUGUCUGAGCGGGAGGAAGCUCUGAAACAACACAAAACCCUAUCUCAAGAACUCGUGAACCUCCGGGGAGAGCUAGUCACUGCUUCAACUACCUGUGAGAAAUUAGAAAAGGCUAGAAAUGACUUGCAAAUCGCCUAUGAAGGGUUUGUCCAGAAGCUAAACCAAGAGCACCAGACAGAGCGAACUGAACUGGAGAAUCGACUUAAAGAAUUUUAUACUGGGGAGUGUGAAAAGCUUCAAAAAAUUUACAUUGAAGAAGCAGAGAAGUAUAAAACUCAGUUGCAAGAGCAGUUUGAUAACUUGAAGACUGCCCAUGAAACUGCUAAGUUGGAAACUGAAGCCAGCCAUUCGGAGAAAGUAGAAUUGCUAAAGACAGCCUAUGAAACCUCCCUUUCAGAAAUCAAAAAAAGCCAUGAAGUGGAAAAGAAGUCACUUGAGGAUUUGCUUUCUGAGAAGCAGGAAACUCUAGAGAAACAAAUCAAUGAUCUGAAGAAUGAAAAUGAUGCCUUAAAUGAAAAGUUGAAAGCAGAAGAACAGAAAAAGAUAUCAUGCGAAAAAGCUAAUGCAAAAAACCCUCAGAUCAUGUAUCUGGAACAAGAAUUAGAAAGCCUGAAAGCUGUGUUAGAGAUAAAGAAUGAGAAGCUACAUCAACAGGACAUCAAAUUAAUGAAAAUGGAGAAAGUGGUCGACAACAAUACAGCAUUGGUUGACAAGUUGAAGCGAUUCCAGCAGGAGAAUGAGGAACUAAAAGCUCGGAUGGACAAGCACAUGGCAAUUUCAAGGCAACUCUCCACUGAGCAGGCGGUGCUGCAGGAGUCCCUGGAGAAGGAAUCCAAAGUUAACAAGCGACUCUCCAUGGAGAACGAGGAGCUGCUUUGGAAGCUGCACAACGGGGACCUAUGCAGCCUCAAGAGAUCACCCACAUCCGCCCCCAUCCCCUUCCCAUCACCCAGGAAUUCAGGCUCCUUCUCCAGCCCCAGUGUCUCACCCAGAUGACACUUUCUCCAGACUGAGAGACUGUCGGGAAAACCUUGACUGCUGGGGGGAGCCAGAGCUUCCUGAGCUGAUGUGUAAACCUGUGAACUGGAAUGGAAACCCCACCCCACCCCAACCCAGUGGCUGCCAGGAGACUGGAACUCAGGACCAGAGACUCCUCUCUCCACCCACACCCUCCCCCAAAGAUUUCCCAGUAGAUCUCCAUAAACGCUGUUGCACAAUGCACUUAAAAGAACGAGAGGAUCUUGUUCAUUUGCCUUUUUCACCUAAGCAUAAGGGGGAAAAAAUGCUCUCAGGGGCCCAUUAAGAUAAAGAUUUCUGACCCUUUUUACUGUUCCUCGUCACACACUUCCUUGUAAUUUUUGUUUUGGUCUGUCUGGGGCUGCAUGAGUAAAUGAGUAAAUGUGUGUCCCUUGCUGCAGAGUAGGAGUCGGAAGCCAAUUCUCCCUGGACCUGUGCUAGUCAAAUGGUCGCAGUUGAGUUUCCACCAAAAGCCAUAGAAGCGACCAUGGAUUCCGCCCAGCUCUUGGACAGGAGGGGAUGAGGGAAUAACCAGAAAAGUCUUCCCUUGUCCAUGUCUAGAUAUUUUCUGUAGUCGCUGACACUUUUUCAGUGUUUGAUCACAUCUGUUGCAGUAGCUUGAUUUUGUUCCCCUCCUAUUCAUACAUUUUUAACUUCUCCUUUGUAAACCUAAUAUUACACCACAUUCUCAGGCGAUGAGCAACUGUAGAACCCUAAUUUUUCUACAAAUCUGUAUAGAGAAAAUGGGCAGUACCAGUGGAUUGUAUCUGCCUUAUUUUUUAUCUUGAUCUCGCGAAUUUAAACUGUCUUCUCUGUCAUUACCCUCACUUCUCCCUUUUCCUCCUUGUCUAAAGCUGCAAAAGCAAACCUUCUACCUCUUACCUGUUUUACGGGAACAAGGGGAAAGAGGAAGCUUUCCCAGGAUCAGCUCAUCUUCAAGAUGCUGCAGCCAUCAAUUUCCAAAUAAGCUAAGACCAGGAUCUGAUGGUUACAAAUUUGGAAGAAACCACAGAAAGGCUCAAGAGUGUCAUUUGUUUGUGGAUAGGAUUCAGGGCUUGGCACUGAGGAGGAGCACCUUCAUCAGACCAACAAUGAAGGAAUUUCUGGAGCAAAUUCUGGGGAAGUGAUGCUAGAUUUUUGUGGACCUUUUGAGGAAUUAUCCUCUCCUGGAAAGCGCAGCUACAGGGCCAGCCACAAAUGGGAACUAUGUCCUGUACAACUCUCCUCCAUCCUGCAGUUCAUUAUUUUUUUCUUCAAAGCUUGCUACUGGUUUUUCAGGUAUCUCUCUUGUCUCUGUUUCCUUGCUUAUUUUCACCUAUUCAAAAGCCUGUGUUCUCUCAAACAGAUUUCUUCUCUUUC